GCCAUCAACCACCACCUCUCUCCCUCUCCCUAAUUAAUAUCUUCACCCUUCACUAAUCACCUACCCUCAUAGUGACCCUUACUUAGCUAAUUGCCUAAUCACAAUUAGAAAAAGAAACAAAAAAAGCAAAAAAAAAAUCAUCAAAAAGCAGCCAAAAUACUCCUCCUCCAUGUAAGCUGUAUCCACCACGACGACGUCCACUCCUCUUCUUCCUCCUCUCCUCCUCUCUCUCUCUUCUUUCUCUCUCCUCGCGAGAUCUGUGGCGUCACUGACCUAGCUUGUUCUUGCUAGCUGCUGCUGCUGCUUCGGCGGUGGCGGUGUGUGUGGCAAUGCCGUCUCUCCGGCGAUUCUUGGAGUUGGUGGUGGUUGGGAUUGUUGUGUGUGGUGUCAAUGGCGGGAGUGAUGGUUUGGAGGUUGCGGUGGCGAGGAGGCAGCUGCACCAGCCGUUCUUCCCGGAUCAGUCGUCGUCGCCGCCGACGCCGGCGCCGCCCGGCCCCGCUCCGCCGUUCUUCCCGGCGCUGCCGGUGCCGCCGCCGCCGCCGGCGACGGCGGGGCAGGAGCAGCCGACGUACCCCGCCCUCGUGCUGCCCAACACCGGCGCCGGUGGCGCGGCGGCGACGGCCGCUCCGGAUGGAGGUGGUGGUGGUGGUGGUGGGGCGAGGAAGUCGAAGAGCAGCGCGUCGAAGCUUGUCCCGGCGAUUGUGCUGCCGCUGCUCACGGUGGCCGUGCUCGGGCUGUCCAUCGCGUUCUUCUUCACGCACCGGCGUGGGAAUGCGGCGCGCGGGGGAGGAGGAGGCGGCGGGUGCGUCGGUGGCGGGGACGCCAAGUUCUUGCACCCGGAGAGGGCGAGCCUCUUCGCGCGCGACGAGUUCGGCGGGAGCGGCGGCGCCGCCGCGCCGCCGGCCGCGGCGAUGGAUUACCGCUACGUGGGGAACGCCGGCAUCGGGCGGAUGGACGAGAAGAGCAGCGAGACGACGUCGUCGGGCGACGAGGCGUCCCGGAGCACCGGCGGAUCGCCGGAGCUCCGCCCGCUGCCGCCGCUGCUGGCGCGGCAAUGCGGGCCGAUGGGCGCGAGGAGCCCCGGCAGCGGCGUCGGCGGGUUCGCGUCGCCGUCGUCCGGCGACGAGGAAUUCUACUCGCCGCAAGGAUCAUCCAAGAUGUCGACCUCGCACAGAACGCUCGCCGCCGCGGUCGAAGCCGCUGUGGCCGCGCGCGACCGCUCCAAGAGCCCCUCGCCCGGCUCGAUCGUGAGCACGCCGUCGUACCCGUCCUCGCCCGGCGCGACGAUGUCCCCGGCGCCCGCCUCGCCGCCUCUCUUCUCCAGCCCCGGCCAGUCGGGCCGCCGCUCCGUCAAGUCAAGAUCCGAUAGCGUGCGCACCUUCGGCCAACCACCGGCGCCUCCACCACCACCUCCCUUCGCGCCGACGCUGCCACCGCCGCCUCCGCCUCGCCGGAAACCGCCGUCGCCAUCACCGCCCUCCUCCCCACUCAUCGAGAACACGUCGGCGCUCAGAUCCACCACCACCACCGACACCACCAUCCCAAGAAACCCAUUCGUACAACCACCACCCCCACCGACACACACCCACGGACCACCACCGCCGCCGCCGCCGCCGCCUCCGCCGCCGGUGGGCUACUGGGAGAGCCGCGUGCGGAAGCCUGGCACCGGAACGUCCAAAGAAACCCGGUCCCCGGCGCUGUCGCCGCCGCCGCAGGCCGCCAGCUUCAAGAGCGGUCUACCCACCGACGCGUUCCCCGGCCGCCUCGCGGACAAUGCGGACCACGCCGCCGCCGCCGCGGCCGGCGGCGGCGGCGACAAGUCGGAGGAGACGACGCCGCGGCCGAAGCUGAAGCCGCUGCACUGGGACAAGGUCCGGGCAAGCUCCGACCGCGUCAUGGUGUGGGAUCAGCUCAAAUCCAGCUCGUUCCAGGUGAAUGAGGAGAUGAUCGAGACAUUGUUCAUCUGCAAUCCGGCGAACUCGGCGCCACCGAAGGAGCCAGCAACGAGGAGGCCGGUGCUGCCGACGCCCAAGACGGACAACAAGGUGCUUGAUCCAAAGAAGUCGCAGAACAUCGCCAUCUUGCUGCGAGCUCUGAAUGUAUCCAAGGAGCAGGUCUGCGACGCGCUCUGCGAAGGUAACACAGAGAACUUUGGAGCAGAAUUGUUGGAGACCUUGCUAAAGAUGGCUCCUACCAAGGAAGAGGAGAUCAAAUUGAGAGAAUUCAAAGAGGAGACAUCUCCUAUUAAGCUUGGUCCUGCUGAGAAAUUCCUUAAGGCAGUCCUUGAUAUCCCAUUUGCUUUCAAAAGAGUAGACGCAAUGCUUUACAUUGCUAACUUUGAAUCAGAGGUUAAUUACCUGAAGAAGUCCUUUGAGACCCUUGAGACUGCUUGUGACGAGCUUAGAAACAGCAGGCUGUUUCUGAAGCUACUUGAAGCUGUCCUGAAGACUGGCAACAGGAUGAAUGUUGGAACAAAUCGCGGCGAUGCACACGCGUUCAAGCUUGAUACUCUACUCAAAUUGGUUGAUGUCAAAGGCACUGAUGGCAAGACUACACUUUUGCAUUUUGUCGUGCAGGAGAUUAUCCGAACGGAGGGCUCCCACCUCUCUGCUAGCAACCAAUCAACUCCACGAACUCAGGCAAACCCUUUACGGGACGAGCUCGAGUGCAAAAAGCUUGGCCUCCAGGUAGUGGCUGGCCUCGGAAACGAGCUCAGCAAUGUCAAGAAGGCAGCUGCCAUGGACUCCGACGUGCUAAGCAGCUAUGUCUCGAAACUUGCUGGAGGAAUAGAGAAGAUCACUGAGGUGUUGCGGUUGAAUGAAGAAGUCAAGUCCAGGGAAGAUGCAUGGAGGUUCCAUGAUUCAAUGCAGAAGUUCUUGAAGAGGGCUGAUGACGACAUCAUCAGGGUUCAGGCUCAGGAGAGCGUUGCGCUAUCACUUGUGAAGGAGAUCACCGAGUACUUCCAUGGUGACUCUGCGAAAGAGGAAGCUCACCCUUUCAGGAUCUUCAUGGUGGUCAGGGAUUUCCUCUCAGUUCUUGAUCAAGUCUGCAAGGAAGUUGGCAGGAUCAAUGACCGCACGAUCGCUAGCUCGGUGCGCCAUUUCCCAGUACCCGUCAACCCAAUGAUGCCACAGUUGUUCCCCAGGAUUCAUGCUUUGAGAGCUGGAAUCUCAGAUGAUGAAAGUUCAGCCACUUCAGCAUCAUCACCUUGAUCACCAGUAGUCUGCCAAUAGAAAUUUUUCGCAGAGUACUGUGGGAAACCUCCAUAGGGCAGAGGGAGACCAACGGCGACGGGGUGUCAAAUUUUUUUUUGAACCUUUUGUACCUGUAGAUUAUAGAAUGUAAGAAGUUUUUUUGCAAAUAUUUAUUUCUAUAUAUAAGAGGAGAUAAAAUCUAGAUCAGAGGAGGAAAUAAGCAGUUCAUGUGUUUGUCAUCUUCAGUCUGUACAUGACACGAGGUAGUGAAACAGCCUGUACAAUGUACUAACAAUUUCAAGUAUGGCCAGUCUGCAGAAUUCAAAGGUAAGCUGAACUCAGAUGUA